GCUCCCUUGAAUGCUUGACGAUUAUGUCAACAAAGUCUUGUAUCACUGCAUCAAGUUAAGACUGGUUAUGGAACUUAAAAGGCAAUGAAAUAACGCUAUAAUAGGAACCAUGUCAAAGCCACAUUUCACCCGGCUGUCUGCUCAACUGACCAGGCUGCGAGAAAAUGGGCACCUGUUGGACGCAAGCAUUCCGACACAGACUACCAGCGUUGCUCUUCACAGGCUUGUGAUUGCAUUGUUUUCACAAGAGAUACGACACAAGUUGAUCCAAACUGGAAAAUGUGACCUCAGCUUAGUAGAUUACAGUCAUGCAAGUGUAGACAAUAUAAUACAGUUUUUGUACGGAGGAGAGGGAACUAUUGGACCCCUAUGCACUGAAAUAAUUCAAACUCUUCAUCUGGAUUUAUCUGUUGAUAAAACCAUUACAAACAGGAGAGUUUCUAAAGGUAGUCAAAAUACCGAAGACGAUGACAAUAUAGAGUUAAAAUACAUGAGGAUUCUUACCUUUGAAAUGGAAGUUCCAAGGCUAUUAGAAGCACAAAGACCAUUAGCUGACGUCAAAAUACAAAUUGCAACACAUAUACUUUGAUGCCACAAAGUUAUAUUAUCAGCAAUGUCAGAAUACUUUGAAGUGAUGUUUUCUUCAGGAAUGAAAGAAGCCAGAGAUGAAAUUAUAACUCUACAUGGGAUCAAAAACAAUGUCUUUAAGGAUGUUUUGAAUUUUCUUUAUACAGGCCAUAUCUCCAUCAACAGCGGAAAUGCACAGGCUAUUUUAUCAACAGCGGUAUAUCUUCAGAUAACUUCAUUGCAAAGUCUUUGUGAACAGUUCUUACUUCCGACUAUUGAUAAUACCAACUGUAUUGACCUUUUUAAAUAUGCUGAAACUUACAACUGUGUUCUUCUUCAAGCAGGAUGUUGGGACUACAUACUGGACCACUUUAUUGAAAUAAAAACAUUGAAGCUGGUAAAGUGUUUGCAGUUGAAUGACAUUCACAAGUUAAUAAAAGAUGACAAUUUACACGUGAACAGUGAAAAUGAUGUGCUUAAGUUUGUUUUGCAUUGGAUUGAAAAUAAUAAAGACACUGGGUCACUUGAAAAUCUGCUUACCCAUGUACGACUUUCGCAACUAGAAACAGAACAGCUGAAACAUCUUAUUUGUCAUAAAGUUGUUGAAAGUAACCCACAACAAUAUGCCUUAGUGAAAGAACUGUUAGAUGCAAGGAGUACAGGUAUGUGCCCGAGUCAACAUACACGUAAAGAAAAAUGUUUGUUGGUGAUGAAAAGGUGCUGGAUCACACGCGGUAUUGAGAUGGCAUGCUACAGCUUAUCACGCAAAUUCUGGUAUCGACUUAACACCUUUCCAUCUAUAGCCGGAGGCAGCGGUUAUGCUUCCUGCUGUAGCAAAACUAAUGUCUAUGUCACAGGUGGAAAUCAAACCCUCCGCAGCUUCUACAAGUAUUCCACUGCUUUAAAUGCCUGGACAGAACUUUCCGAAAUGAAUGAGAAUCGAUGUUCCCAUGCUAUGGGAUGUGUAAAUGAUGUUGUGUAUGUAUUAGGUGGGUCAGAUAAAUCAUACAACAGGGAAACUGGGGGAUGGAAUGCACUAUGCUCUAUUGAAAAGUUUGACCCCAAAGUCAACCAAUGGAUUACACUUAAUGUUACAUUAAAUAUUCCAGUAUUUGAUUCAGCCUAUGCUUCUGUUAAAUCUAAAAUAUUUCUGUUUGGAGGUUCAAACGGAGAAGAAGACUUGAAGGACAUUCAGUGCUUUGAUAGCGCGCUUGAGACGUGUACGACCUUGAACCAUCAGCUUCCUAUCACAUCCAUCCUUGGAGCUGCCUGCACAAACAACAGCGAUGUGUACAUCGUUUGUCAAAAUGGAAACGUUAUCUUUUUCAACGAAGAAACAUCACCACCGAAAGUGAUUCACAGGAAACAAAAAUUUCUGCUGUUGGGCGCCACCACUGUGUUCCAUGAAAAUAAGAUCCUCGUCAUGACGAAAGGCGAUGAUGUUGCCGUAAGGAAGUUUGAUAUUCUCUGCAAGAACUACGAUUAUGUUGAUGAAACAACACUUCCUUUUGAAAAGCACUGUGAUGAGCGUUUUGCUGCUGUAAUGCAUGUAGAUAAAAAGUUUUUAGACCGAGGGCCUUAAGGCCCCAUGUCGUUCAGGUACGGAAUGAGAUAAUAACCUGUUAUGUAUAUAUUGUGUGAUGUUUGUGUUAAUGUGUUUAUCAAUGUAUUUUCAUUCUGUAUGACACAGACUUAAGGUGGUCAAAAAAAGAAGAAAACAUUCAAUGUUUUACUACAAACAUACACAAACUACAUGGCUAACAAGUGUUUGACCUCAUGUGACCAGUUUCAAACUCGGCCGAUAUUUUAUUUGGACAAAUGUUCUGACCAAGUAUCAUGAAGAUUUUGCAAUAAACGUGGCGAUUAGA